AUGCCAAAUAGGCCUUUUGCAGCUAGAGGUCACGUGCUUAGCCAAAAAAAAAGAUCAAGCUACCACUGUUGUGUGCCUCUAUGUAAUGGAGAUUCCAGAUAUCACCAAGACCUGAAGUUCCAUCGCAUUCCAAGUGCCAAUGACGGCAAAGAAACCCGUAAACUUUGGCUGGUCAAAAUACGAAGAGACGAAGGGCCUGAUUUCAAGAUAUCAAGCAGCACAAGGGUUUGCUCGAGACACUUUUUAGAGGACGAUUACCUACCUCCUGAUAAUGCAGGACGGUGUUUAUUAAAAAAAGGGUCUGUUCCCAGCCAAUUUGACUGGUCUUCAAUGACUCCAAAAAGAAGAAAACUAAUUCGCACUUGUACUGGAGAGACACAAACUGAAGAAACUGCAAUUGAAGAAACUGGCAGUGAAGUGUGCACAGUCGAUCCUUUGCUAAAAAUGCAAGAAGAGUUGGAAGGAUUAAGAUUGGAGGUAAUUCUGAAAACCCAAGAAUUAAAAAAAAGUAAGGAAGAAACAGCUUCUGUUAUGGAAGAAAUGAAUGCAUUCAAGGCCCAAGCACAUAAAGAAAUUGAAAAUACCAAGAAGGCUGCCGCCGAGGAGUUAGCACUAUCCAAAUUUGGUUUAGAAAGAUUUUCAACUAACAAUGACUUAGUCAGAUUCUACACAGGAUUUGUUUCUUAUGAACACAUUAAGGCUUUUUAUGAAAUCAUAAAACCAACUGCUGAGAGAAUGACCUAUUGUUAUGCUACAGGAGAUAGAGAAAGUCGUCCAAAAGCACGAACCAUGCUAGUUAUAGACGAGUUGUUUAUGUUCCUGGUUCGUAUUAGAUUGGGCUUAUUUGAGCAAGACCUUGCUUACAGAUUUAAAAUACAUAUAUCCACUGUUAGCCAAAAAAUAGUUACAUGGAGCAAUUACUUAUAUUUCAUGUUGGGAUGUCAAGUAAUCUGGCCUUCUAGGGAAAAUGUCAAUAACUACAUGCCCCAGUGUUUUCGUAGGCUUUACCCAAGUACUAGAGUUAUAAUAGAUUGCACAGAAAUUUUCUUACAAACUCCCAGCUUCUUAUUAUUACAGUCACAAUUAUACUCAAGCUAUAAAAGCAACACUACCCUUAAAGGUUUGGUUGGGAUCUCUCCUCAUGGGGCAGUCUCUUUUGUAUCUGGGUUAUAUACUGGAGCAAUCUCAGAUAAAGAAAUAACUAGGUGUUGUGGCAUCUUAGAUUUAAUUGAGGAGGGAGAUUCAAUAAUGGCAGACAAAGGUUUUGAUAUAGAAUAUCUGUUAUUAGAAAAGAAAGCAAUACUUAAUAUUCCCCCCUUCUUAGAGAGUAAUGUUCAGUUUACUCAAAAUGAUGUUCAAAAAACCAAAGAAAUUGCAAGUGUCCGCAUACAUGUGGAAAGGGCUAUCCGAAGGAUAAAAGAGUAUCAUAUUUUUUAUUCUGAUAUACCACUUAAUUCAUUGGGGUCAAUUAAUCAAAUAUACACAGUUGCAUGUUUGCUUACCAAUUUCCAAGGCCCACUAAUUUCUGAUCCUAGUAAGAAUUAACAAUUGUAAAUAUUGGAUUACAGUUGUCUUGUCAAAAAGAAUUAAAUGUAGCUAAAAAAUAUGUAACAGACUAUGACUAUGAGAAUAAAAGAGAUUUUCACAAAAUUGUAGAAAAUUAUCACAAGUUUACGACAAUCACUUUAAAAAAUAUUGAAAAUAAAAACCAUCAACCUUA